UAUAGUUGCAACGUUCACAAUCACACCAGUGUACAUUACGUAGUAUUGUGGAAAGCUGCCCCUACAUAACUAUUAUAAUUUGUGCUGAAGGAAAGAAAGAGUCUUUGACAUUGACUAAUAUAGUGUUUGAAACUAAGAAGAAAAAAAGGCGCGGAUAGAAAUAACGCGAUGACCAAGGGGUCGGUUCGUUUGACGGAAGACCGGGAAAUACCCAAACAUCAGGCGCGAAGCAAGAUGUCGUCCAUGGGAUCAAUGUUUCUGCGUUCAAAAAUUGAAGCAGAUCACUUGACAUGUUCGAUAUGUUUCAACAAUUUCACUCGACCGAAAGCACUACCAUGUAUCCAUACUUUCUGCGAAGACUGCCUGCGUGAGUAUGUCGUAAGUCGAGGCUAUGAAUCUAUUGGACGUUUUCCAUGCCCAAUGUGUCGUAACGACGUGCAGAUGCCGGCGGGGGGUGUCCAAUGCUUUCCGGACAAUCACCUGGUUACCAGCCUGUCUGAUACCGUAGAUUCUUCAAAACAGCGCCCUCCUUUGCCCCCUCGACCUUAUUUCGACAAUGCCAACAAUAACUACCCGACGACAACAGCCGGGGUGGAUCCAGCGAUCCAGAUGCCAGAAUACCCACCCACACAGUCCAACAUCUACCCCCAGCUCCCAAGACUUGAAGAUAUGCCGAAACCAGAGAUGCCUCGGCCCAAGCCCAUUGCCUGCAGUACUGGACUUAUUCAGAGAUUUGGGAAAUAUGGACCUGGGUUGGUUGAUUUCCACAAACCAGUUGGACUGGCUGUUGGAAGGAAUGGUGAAAUUGUUGUGUCUGACCAUGGAGGGUACAGGAUUCUCAUCUUUAACAGUGGAGGAGAGCUUGUGAGGAAGUUCGGCUGUGAGUGUAUCAUAAAUGAUGUGUCUGUCACAACUGAAAACACCAUUCUUGUCAGUGUCAAGUCAAAGUCUUCCAUCAUGAGAAAGUACACAAUGGAAGGCCGUCUUCUCGGUGAAUAUGGCUCCCACUACCGCUAUGAAGACGCUCAUGGAAUUGCGGCAAUGUCCACGGGUCAUGUUGUAGUGUCCGGUCUCCAGAACAAGUGCGUUUACAUCUUCACAGAGCAGUACAAGUUUUCUGUCAAGUUCGGCCGUAAGGGAUCAGGGGAUGAACAUUUCCUCACCCCCUACUAUGUAACGACCAACUGCAAGAACAACAUCGUGGUGACGGAUAGCGAGAACCACUGUGUCCAGGUCUACAGCAAUGCUGGAAAGUUUAAGUACAGGUUCGGAGGCAAGGGGAGUGACCAUGGUCAGCUUCAGAACCCUCUUGGAGUGUGUAGCGACUGUGAAAACAAUAUCAUUGUAGCUGACAGUGGCAACCAUCGUGUCGAAAUGUUCACAUCCAAAGGGAAACACAUGGAAUGUAUUGUGAAGAAUACCUUGGAUAUCGGCCCUGGCGUCACACCUACCCUCGUUGGUGUGACAUCGAGGAACAAUAUUGUGGUUCUCUUGCGAGGUACCCAGUUUGUGGAGGUCAGGAUCUACAUGUGCACGGGUACCUCCAUGUCCCAGAUGAGGUCCUGUAUGAACUAACUGCAGGGUUCGACAAAUCUGAGUAAACUUCAGUCAGGACCAGUAGUUUUUAAUUCUGGUGGUCCAACUGGCAAGUGUGACAAGUGGAAAAAAUAAAACAUAAGUCUCCCA